AUGGAUGAAAAUAAAGAAGAAAACCAUUCAAAACACGAACAAAGUCCUCACAGAAUUUUUGAAAAUGCUCAAAAAGUGAAGAAAAAAGAUGCUAAAAAACUCGUAUCUGAUUCUGAUUCAUGUGAAUGUCAGUUUGAUGGAAAACACAUAAAAGCAGAACUUAAGCGAAAACCAAGGAGUGGAUCUAACCAAUCAAAAUGUAGCUUUAAUUCCAAUGUAAAGUCUGGCAGAACUCUUACAGUUCCAUGUUCAUCAUCAGAAGCAUGCGAAUAUGACAAAGAAAACGGGGAAGAUGAAGAUGAAGGGGAGACAACCCAAACAGAGUAUCCAGAGUUAUCUUCCUUACUUCAUGACUUGUGUAGUGCUAAAUAUAGUAACAAUUUAAAUGAAAACAAAAUAAAAUCUUCAGCCAUACAGCCAAAGAACCGCAGAGAUUCAAAAACACAGAGACCUAAUCUUAGGUCAGCAGAAUCUAACGAACCGCAGAGUUCAGAGGCGGGUACCAUUCAGGAACAGGGUACCAGCCAGACAUGUGAUUUUAUUUCAGGGCUGCAUUAUGCCAUUCCAUUUCUGUCUGAUAAACUGAAAUCUAGCUUGUUUAGCAGACUGAGAUGUCAAUCAGAGCCAAAAGAAAUAGGUGCCACAAAGAGUAGCAAGGAUCAGGAAACUGACCACUGUGACUAUGACAGCAGUGAUAGUGGAAGUUUUGUUUUGGAGGAAAAUCCUGGUCUUGACAACAAACAUCUACCUUUAUGUUGCCAAGACUACCACGAGGAUGGUGCAUGUUGCCAUGAGGACAGUGGUGCAUGUUGCCAUGACAAUGAAUCACAAACAGUUUGUUCUGGAGGAUUGACUGAAGUAAACAAUGAGUCACAAUCAUGGAGCAGAAUAUCCCCUGCCAGAUUUAAGGAAAAUACGGGUUAUAGUCAUUUUCAUCAUGGCUGCUGCAAUUACCAUAGCAACCAUUGUGAAAAAAGAAAACAAGACCAAGAAUUUGGAGACAAUCACCAUGAUCAUGAUACAGGCAUGAUUCAAUCAGAUUAUCAUGAUAGUGGUUCACAAUGUUGUAGUUGUGAACAAAAUGGAGAAAUGUACGAUAAUUGUCAUAUUGACAAUUCUAAUGAUCAGGCUAGAGCAGGCGUUUCUGAGGACCACCACUCUGAGGACAUUGAGGACAGUUACAGCGGGGUUCUGUCUGAGGACAGUAUAUUUGGGACCAUCACGUCUGAGGAGGAGCAGGUUGAGGAGUCUGUCAGUAGGAUCGCCGAGGACGUGGAAAAGAUUGACCUACUCGGUCACUUCCUGGAGGAACGAGAUGAGACGUCCAGUGAAGGUUCUGAGAUGGUUCCUGACCUAUUUUCUAGCCUCAGUUCUGACAGUUGUCAAGCAGACGACGAGUUUGAGUGUGACUGCGGGCACUGUGUGGGAUCAGGCCCUGGUCACCAUGACAACGACCUUGACCUUGACUGGCAGGUGGCAAGGAGACUGGAGAGUUCUACUAGGGGAGUUAAUUCUCAUACACAAAAUAGGGAUCCUGAAGAACUUUCCAGUGAAAGAACACCCCUGGGAGCCUCAGUGACCUCUGACCCUGAGGAUGAUGAUAUAGAGGAGGGAGUCUAUAGGUUCAGUCUUCUGCCUCCAUUAAACUCAGAACAGCUAGAGGCCAUGUUUGAGAGAAUGAUAGCCCAGCUACAAGAUAUUAACCUUGGAGGUGGAACAGAACAAGCCCCGCCCCCUGCAUCUACAUCGACCAUUGAAAGCCUUCCUUACAACACAGUCAAUGCCCACCAAAUUGAUGACCUUGCCCCUUGCUCCAUUUGUUUGUCCUCCUUUGUUGUCAUGGAUACCACUUCCCAUCUGUCCUGCAAUCACUUGUUUCAUCUUCACUGCAUUAAAGCCUGGCUUACAAAGUCUGCAACAUGUCCUGUCUGUCGCUAUCGUGUGGAGUCACCAACAGCUCCAUAGAAACAGAGCAUGCUCAGUCAACAGGAAAUGAUGUCAUAAGUUCCUUACCUUAAUUGUGAUGUAUAGAGGUCAGCAAAAACUAAGAAAAUGUGACACAACGAGGGACAGCAUAAUAAUAUUAUUUUAAUAUUAUUUAAAUAUCUACAGCAAAAUACAUUGUAUGUUUGGUUUAUGUUCAACAUUUUUUUUAAUUAUGAAUUAAUUUAUUAAGGCUAAUCUUGAAGUAAUAUAACAUUUACUGCUUUUGCAAUAUUCAUACCAAGAUUUCUAAAGCUUAUUUAUAUGAUUCAUGUC